AUGGAUCGUCGUCGCAGGGCCGCGACGACAUCGGCGUGCGAUGAGUUUGUGCCGCACCGAUCACGCCCCAACAUCUGCACCAACUGCCGAAAGCCAAAGGCAAAGCACAAGUCGAGCAAAGGGGACGCAGCGGGCAAUGCCACAAAGACGUCAGCAGCAUCCGCUGAAGAGACAAAGAAGCAGGACAACUCGGCCAAGGCGAGUGAGGCACCGCCAAAGACCGAGGAAGGUAACGACAACGACACGCAACCCCAAAUGCGCGGCCGCUCGCACAGCCAGCAGGUGACAAAGCCGCCAGCAUCGUCGAAGAAGGACACGAACGGGGCCCGCGAUGACAAUGGCGAUGGCGAUGAGAAGGACGCGUCUCGCGCUGACGACGCAACGACAGAUGAAAAGGGGGCGGAGGCUGCAGGGAAAGGUGGCAGUGAGGAGGAACAACAGCGAAAGGAAGAAGAACGUUUGAAGAAGGAGGAGGAGGAAAGGCUGAAGAAGGAAGAGGAAGAGAGACUCAAGAAGGAAGAAGAGGAAAGGCUGAAGAAGGAGGAGGAAGAGAGACUCAAGAAGGAAGAAGAGGAAAGGCUGAAGAAGGAGGAGGAAGAGAGACUCAAGAAGGAAGAAGAGGAAAGGCUGAAGAAGGAAGAAGAGGAACGCGCUCGCAAAGAAGAAGAAGAAGAACGGAAGCGAAAGGAGGAAGAGGAGAAGCAGAAAGAAGAGGAUGAAAGGAAGCGAAAGGAAGAAGAAGCAGAACGUUUGCGUCAGGAAGAAGAGGAGAGGAAGCGAAAGGAGGAGGAAGAGAGACUCAAGAAGGAGGAGGAAGAACGCGCUCGCAAAGAAGAAGAAGAACGGAAGCGAAAGGAGGAAGAACGUUUGCGUCAGGAAGAGGAGGAGAGGAAACAGCGUGAGGAAGAGGAGAGGAAGCGAAAGGAAGAGGAAGAACGGAAGCAAAAGGAGGAAGAAGAGGAAAGGCUGAAGAAGGAGGAGGAAGAGAGACUCAAGAAGGAAGAAGAGGAAAGGCUGAAGAAGGAGGAGGAAGAGAGACUCAAGAAGGAAGAAGAGGAAAGGCUGAAGAAGGAGGAGGAAGAGAGACUCAAGAAGGAAGAAGAGGAAAGGCUGAAGAAGGAGGAGGAAGAGAGACUCAAGAAGGAAGAAGAGGAAAGGCUGAAGAAGGAGGAGGAAGAGAGACUCAAGAAGGAAGAAGAGGAAAGGCUGAAGAAGGAGGAGGAAGAGAGACUCAAGAAGGAAGAAGAGGAAAGGCUGAAGAAGGAGGAGGAAGAGAGACUCAAGAAGGAAGAAGAGGAAAGGCUGAAGAAGGAGGAGGAAGAGAGACUCAAGAAGGAAGAAGAGGAAAGGCUGAAGAAGGAGGAGGAAGAGAGACUCAAGAAGGAAGAAGAGAAAAGGCUGAAGAAGGAAGAAGAGGAAAGGCUGAAGAAGGAGGAGGAAGAACGGAAACAGCGGGAGGCACAAGAACGCGCUCGUAAGGAAGAGCAAGAGAGGCUGCGGAAGGAAGAAGAAGCAGCAGCAGUAGCAGCAGCAGCCAAGGCGAAGAAGAACCAGGACAGCAACAACACUUCAGCACCGCAGCGUCAACGGUCGGUUCGAUUCGCCACCGAUGACGACAACGCCAACACAUCGUCCUCCCGCUCGUUCCGCCAGCGCUCAUCUGGGUCUGUCAUGGCCCGAAACCCGCGCACCAACAGCACGAAGGACAGCACGAAGGACAGCACGAAGGACAGCGGACAUGAUGCAAGCGCUGCGUCGCUUCAGCGCAAUCGUGCACAGUCCAUGCGGCCACGUGGCAGCGGUGGAUCGUCUGUGCACGUGCGGACAACUGAUCCCGCCAUGGUGGAGCUGCGUGACGACAACGCGCGGCUGAAGAAGGAGUCGACGGCGCUACGUGACCGUCUGCGACAGUCUGAAGCGCUCGUUGCGAACCUUCGCGUCGAGUACAAGGUGCUGGACGGGCAGCACAACGACCUGCUCGCCAAGAUGGCCCAGCCCGAACCAGCCACAAUCGUCCGCCAAGAACUUAGAAAAGCCGAGGAGAAGAUUGCGCAAUUAGAGGACGAGUUGUCCGUCAAGUCUGCGGAACUGCAGCAGCUGUGGGCGAAGCACAACCACCUCGUCGCAAACCAGGGCCAGCAUCCUGGGUCUAAUUUGCACACAGACACGGAGCUGAAGGCGCUUCGGGCAGAAAACGCAAAGCUGAAGGAGCAGCUGAGCGACGCGCAGUACGACAACACCGUGGCGGAGGACGAACUGCUGCAUCUCCAGGCCAUGAACGAGGAGCUGAUGGCGCAGGUCAAGCGACUUCGCUCGGGCAAGGCCGGCACCAGCAGACGCAUCCUCACCCUCGAUGACGCCCUCGAUUUGACGUCAUCCUCCGGUUCAGAUCCAACAAAAACAAUCUCCCUCAGGGGCGCAGACGGUCUCGGCGAAGCAUCUGCAACAGAUGGUACACUCCUCCUCGCCCAGACAGACGAUCUGCUCGGUGCGACGGACGACAGUGACCCAGACCUGUCUCUGCCAAUGCACCCGUCGCUCGCGCCGCCCCCGAAACCACAGCGGCCAGCAGAGGUCACGCCCCCACCACCCGGCACACGCAGCACACCGCGAGCAGCCGCAGCAGCAGCAGCAGGGGGCGUGAGGGGGAACACUCCCGCCAAUCGCAACAGCAGUGGUGUUGGUGGUCGUCGUCGUGAUGGUGUGCAGAGUGGUGUUGGGACGCCCGCGUCACGGCAAUCACCGUCGGGAUCGGUGUACUCAACGCCACUCGGCCGCAUGCCGCCAGCACAACAGCAGCAGCAGCAGCAGCAGCAGCAGCAGAGGACAAUGACUCCACAGCAGCAGCGUAUGAUGCAGCAGCAGCGUAUGAUGCAGCAGCAGCGUGGCAUGAUGGGCGGUGCGAACGGUGGACGACAGCGGACAACGACCGGGUGGUGGCAGCGGUCAGCACAGCAGCAGCAACAGCAACAGCAGAGGGCGUCACCGCAGGCACGGCAGCAGCAGGCAAUGACGCAACGGCAGAGGGCCAUGUCACAGCGCCGUCCAAAUGGAACACAACAGCAGCAGCAGCAGCAGCAACCGUCGACCUCCCAGUGGCUCUCAGACAAACUCAAGCAAUGGGGCUUCUAAGUGACGUGGGCCAUUGCUCGCCAACGCAUCAUCAUGAGUUGUGCUGCUGCUCUGUCUCCCCUCCCUCCUUCCCCUCCCCUCCUUUCCUUACCUCCCUUCUUCUCUUUCCCCUGUGUGCUUCCGUGCUGUGAAUAGUCAAGAUUCAGGCUGUAUACGUGUGUGCGAAAGCGUACGUUGAUGGCGAGGUUCAUGCGUGUUUACUGUCUUGUCAUGAUUGCGAUAUGUACUGCUUGUGGUGUGUUCGAGCACUUGUCCUCCACCACUGGUCACUUGCUUGCGUCAUGCGCUCUCUUGCAGUUCCGCCAGCUGAAGCUCCGGGUUCUGUUCAGUGCAUUGAUGUGUGCAUGUAUGUAUAUGUGUGCAUGUGUGUGUGUGGUCAGUUGUGAGAAGGCCGCUGUUAUCCGAUAGCUUGACGACGUGACGGUGAUUGUUAAUAACAUAGUUGGAUGCCGUGGACUUGUCGCCUUUGUUGCUGAUGCCGUGUAUG